CAAGAUGGCGGCGCCCAGGCUGCGGUGGCGCUGCGGCCGGGCGGCGGGGCUGUGGGGCGGCUUGCGGCGGUUGCACCAGGAGGCGCAGCGGGCGGGGAGCGCCAAGGGCCUGCUGGCGGAGCAGUGCGAGCGCGGCCUCUUCCAGGAAGUGUUCCCGGCGCAGAGCGCGGAGGAGCAGCUGCCGGGCCUGCUGGCGCCGGGCCGGCCGCCGCUGACGGCCUACUGCGGCUUCGACCCCACGGCGGACUCGCUGCACGUGGGCCACCUGCUGGCCGUCAUGGCGCUGCUGCACUUCCAGCGCGCCGGCCACAACGUCAUCGCCGUGGUGGGCGGAGCCACGGCGCUGCUCGGCGACCCCAGCGGGCGCGCCAAGGCGCGGGAGCCGCUGGCGGCGGCGCGGGUGCGCGCGCAUGCGCGGGCGCUGCGCGCCGGCCUGCAGCGCCUCUUCGACAACCACCGGCAGCUGUUCUGGGCGGGCGGCGCGGCGCUGGGCCGCGCCGAGCUGCUCGACAACGCCGAGUGGCUGGGCCGGCAGCCGCUGCUCGACUUCGUGUGCGGCGCCGGCGGGCGGCUCCGCAUGGGCACGCUGCUGAGCCGGCAGGGCUGCCAGGCGCGGCUGCGCAGCGCCGAGGGCAUGAGCCUCGCCGAGUUCCUCUACCCGGCGCUGCAGGCCUACGACUUCCUCCACCUCCACCGCCACCACGGCUGCCGCGUCCAGCUGGGCGGCGCCGACCAGAUGGGCAACAUCAUGUCCGGCUACGAGCUCAUCACCAGGGUGACAGGAGAAGAUGUGUUUGGAAUUACCGUACCUCUUAUUACCAGUACCACUGGAGAUAAACUGGGAAAGACUGCUGGUAAUGCAGUUUGGCUGAACAGAGAUAAGACUUCCCCAUUUGAGCUGUAUCAGUUUUUUGUCAGACAACAAGAUAACAUAGUUGAAAAAUACUUGAAACUCUUCACCUUCCUUCCUCUCGAGGAGAUUGACCACAUCAUGGAAAUGCAUGCUAAAGAACCUGAAAAAUGGGGCCCUCAGAAACGACUUGCUGCAGAAGUAACUAAGCUUGUUCAUGGUAGAGAGGGGCUGGAAUCUGCUAAAAGGUGUACUAAAGCCCUUUAUUACAGCAGUGUGGAGGCAUUAGAAGCUAUGUCUGACCAAGAGUUACAGGAACUUUUUAGACAAGCUCCUUUUGCUGAACUGAUGCUUGAACCUGGAAUGAAUGUGCUCGACUUGUGUCGCAAAGCAAAUGCUAUUCCAAAUGGACCUAGUGGGUACCAGAAAAUUACAGAUGGUGGAGUUUCAAUAAAUGGGAUUCGAGAAACUAAUCCUGAGACUGUUCUUAUUGUUGGACAGCAUAUUCUCAAGAAUGGAGUAUCAUUGCUUAGGAUUGGAAAGAAAAAUUACUACAUUAUAAAAUGGCUCCAGUUGUGACAACAGGAUAUCUCCUUAAAAUGAGAUCCCACCAGUCAGCUCAAUGAAUGAGACAAAGUCUGCUCUCAUGAAGUCCAUGCAGCAAGAAGGGAGUGAACACAGAAACUCAGACUCACUGAUGCAGAAGAGCCGUGAGAUUUGAGUCAUUUGUUCAGAUUGUUAAUUGUUGCAAUUCUUAUAUUUCAUGUGUUAUUAAAAUGAUAAUAGACUUGUACUGGCUGCAACAAAUUUCAAGUCAUUUUAUAAGAAUCUGUUGCCAUUUCUCAAAUCUACUUUUAGCUUUAUGAUCAUUCUAUGGAGCCAACAUAUACCCACAAAAUAUCCACAAGAAACUUCAGUUUUGUUAAAGCAUUAGUACCCAUUUCAAUAAAGUAUUAAAAUGAUUUUAUUUAUUUUAUUUUUACAAAUACACACAGACACACACACAGGGUAUUAAGUAAGUUCUUUAUACAAGGUUUUUAAUAAGAUUCAACUCCAAGAAAUUUACUCUGUGCAUCCUUCUGACCAACCCUUAGCAAUACAAACCUUUUCCUGACUCUUUCCAAAGGGAAAACUGGACACAACCACCAUUUUUCAUGGACUGUCUAUAGGCUGUCUCUACAAGGCAUUAUGCCUAAGUGAUAGAACAGUUAAGCCAGAAUCAAGGCUGAUUGAAAAUCUAAUAUUAUUUCUUAGGCUAGUAUACCCCCAAAACCAGUAUGGUUGAUGAUCAUUGAAAGACAUAACCCAUUCAAAUGUAAACAAGCAGAAAUUAAUAUUACUAUUUCAGUAUUUAAUAUGGCUAGAAGUGUGGUUCAGAAGUGCAAAACAAUUAUUUUGUGCCAGAGAUUGUUCUUUUUAAUGUUUGUACAGUGUCUAGGGAGAGUUCAAACUAGAGGACGUGAACAUGAACACAAUUGUUGUAGCUAACAGAAGCUGCUCUCAAGGCUGCUUUCAAGCAGUGAUUAACUUCAUAAAGCUAUCACAAUGAAGAGGUAAAUGGGCAUGCAGCAAGUAAGCUAUCUGAGCAUAAAACACCUUCACUAGUUCAAAAGUGUAACUAACUACUUUGGCAUAAAACCAUAUUCAGUUGGCCUACUCUGUCUUGCUCUUAUACUUUCAAGGAAGAAUCGCCCAACUCUGCUUUCAAAACAAAGAGUUUGACUGUCUACAAGUUACAAAAGUAUACGCAUUUGAGAACUUAAGUAUCUACUGAAAACACUAGAUAGCAGCUUGUUCUCAUAGCUAGGAUGUUAACAGUGAGAAAGAAAAAUUAUUCGAGAAUUCAAUCCCUGUUACCAGCAGGGUCACAGCAGAGAGGUAGCUUGUUCUCCUUGCUGUAUUCCAUAAAGCAGGAACUUGAGCUUGCAGUAUAUCUGAUCUAGGAUCUCUCAAAGCCAGUCCUCCCCAAAAUAAAAAGCAAGUUUUACUUACGUUUUUUAUGUCUGCUUUAGAAAUCUAUUUGAGAAUAUAGUGUUGAAGCACAGACACUUCCAAAUCCCAUAUAUUCCACUGUAAAAGUGAAAUUUGAGAUUAACUACUAAAACACCCAAGAAAUUUAUUGGCAAGCUAUGUUUGAGCGCUCAGUAUUACUUUUUAUUUACAGGUGUACCACACACACUUCAGGUAAUGUCAAACAUUUAUUAAUCUAAACAUUUGGCUACAGAGGUUAUUCUCCCCCAUAGCUGUAUGUUUCACAAGAUAGCAAGUUUUUUCUUCAGAUUAGCUGAAAGUUGUUCAUUGAUGACAAAAGUACUAGGUUGAAAUUAAUCAGGUGGACUAGGAGAGAUUUGUAAGCAAGCAAGCUAAUCUACCAGAAUUUACUCAGUUGCUGUCUUCAUUACACUUUUUUUCCCAUCGUUCCUCCAUCAUUUCUUCUAAUGAUGGCAGCAACAGUAGUAUUAAGGAUUUUAGUCGAAUUCUAGACUACGCACUGUUUAAAAACUGUUAAUAGCCACCAGCAGCCUGUCUGCACUAUUACUUACUCCACCAUAAAAGAACUGUGUAGAAUCACAGGAGGGGCAAGUGCAAAUGUAAGGCUGUAGAAAUACAGUUAAUUAUUCCAUAAACUUUUAAGAGUGUAUAUUCCUGCCACCUGAACUACAAGUCAUUUCAAAGCUCUAUUUCUGGGAUAAUUAAUUUUGCAUAUUAUAUAUUUAUUUAAUAAAAGGAUUGUUACAGCAUGUAUUUUUAAAGAUUUGCAUUGAGGAUGACAAAUUAAUUUCUUGGCACUUACACAUCAAAUUUAAAAUUUUGGUGAAACAAAAGUAACAUUUCAAAAAACAAAUUAAUAUUUUGGAAAUUUCACGUGACAUUACACAGUUGGUCACUACUUGCAAGAGUUUAAAGGGAACUUGUGCAUUAUGAAGAAGCAUUUUAUAACUUUACAAGUCACCACAUUCCUUGACAAUACUGUUUGUUGACUGACAUUUGGAAAUUAAAAACUUAGGCAGCAGUUCACUUAUUGAGAGUUCUGCCAUGUUAAAAACAUUUUCUUAGAUGUCAAAAGCGCAGUAAAGAUGUUAGGUGGAUUCCAGCUAGAAAUUAAAUGCUUUUGACAAAAAACUAAAAACUUUUGCUGUUGAUCAAAAUUGAUUUGAAAACUGGCUUGCACUUCUGACUUUGCUACUGUCACAUUUCCUAAAUUUCAGAGGGUAGUAUCUCUGGACAAGAUGCGAGAACUUAAAAUUACUUCCGUUACAGUCAUUGUAUGUGAUUCAUACCCUGUGAAUUUUUAGACUUUAAAUAAAUAAAUAAAUAAAAAAACA